AUUUGACCAAACAUUUGACGUUUCUCAGGGUGCGGAUCCAAGGACACUGCUUAUUCUUAUUCUCGAUCUGACUCGAUCACUCGAGAAGAUUUCCUCCCUCCCUCCCUCCUUCCCUCUCCUUUUGCAAUCUGCGACUGAGCUUUCUUUAACACUUGAUGACAGAGGAGCCCCGAGCAAAGCCAAAGCCAAAUCCAAAUCCAAAUCCAAAACCCUAGGUCCUUUUUACCUGUUGAGAUUCUUCGCCGUCUUCACUCUUUCCUCCUCUCUCUCUCAGUCAUUUGGAUUCUUUGUUGAUAUUUCAACAAUGAUCCGAUUCAUUAUACUACAGAAUAGGCAGGGGAAGACUCGUCUUGCCAAGUAUUAUGUCCCUUUAGAAGAAUCAGAGAAACACAAAGUCGAAUACGAGGUUCAUCGAUUGGUGGUCAAUAGGGAUCCCAAAUUCACGAAUUUCGUUGAGUUCCGCACCCACAAGAUUAUCUACAGGCGAUAUGCUGGUUUGUUUUUCUCAAUGUGUGUUGACAUCACAGAUAACGAGUUAGCAUACUUGGAGUGCAUCCACUUAUUUGUGGAGAUUUUGGAUCAUUUUUUCAGCAAUGUGUGUGAACUGGAUCUAGUAUUUAAUUUUCACAAGGUGUAUUUGAUACUUGACGAAUUCAUCCUUGCUGGGGAGCUCCAAGAAACAAGCAAGAAGGCAAUCAUAGAGAGAAUGGGUGAGUUGGAGAAGCAGGAGUAACCUGAUUGUGGUGAGGAUCUGCAGCAGCUUGACUUCAUCUUGAUUACAUGUUCUGUUAACUUCUUCUGUGCAUCAAAUUUCAGAGCUCAUUCUUGGCCUUGUAACAUGACAAUGAACGCGAAGACAAACGAGAAGGAAGUGCCUUAUCCUCCCCUCAACUCCCCCCCCCCCCCCCAAAAAAAAAAAAAAGAUUUUUUCCCCAUUUUGUUGUGAAUUCUGGUAAUUGUUGCAUUUCCUUCCACAUUUUGAACGAUCCUUGUAAUUUCCUUUGUAUCUCGUGUUAUUGAAUGCUAAACAGAAACGGUUCUACGAAGUGCUUUACUUCAGCUUUUAAGGGAUUUAUGAUUUUAUUUGAUGA